AGUCGCUCAAAAGUAGGGCCCCAAGGCUCAGAGCAGCUGGGUAUGGGUACCGAAAAUGAAAGUCCAGAGCCGGACUGCCAGAAACAGUUCCAGGCCGCAGUCAGCGUCAUUCAGAACCUGCCUAAGAACGGCUCUUACCGCCCCUCCUAUAAAGAGAUGCUGCGAUUCUACAGCUACUACAAGCAGGCUACCAUGGGGCCCUGCCUGGUCCCCCAGCCUGGGUUCUGGGACCCUAUUGGACGUUAUAAAUGGGAUGCCUGGAACAGCCUGGGAAAGAUGAGCAGGGAGCAGGCCAUGUCCGCCUACAUCACUGAAAUGAAGCUGGUGGCCCAGAGGGUGAUCGACACGGUGCCCCUGGGCGAGGUGGCAGAGGACAUGUUUGGUUACUUCGAGCCCCUGUACCAGGUGAUCCCUGACAUGCCGAGGCCCCCGGAGACCUUCCUGAAAAGGGUCACAGGUUGGAAAGAGCAGGUACUGAAUGGAGAUGCUGAGCCUGCCCCAGAGCCUCCCUGCCUUCCCAAGGAACCAGCACCCCCAAGCCCAGAGUCCCAGCCACCCAGGGACCAGGACUCUGAGGUUUUCUGUGAUUCCAUGGAGCAGCUGGAGCCUGAGCUGGUGAGACCCACUCCCAUUGCCUCCCCUUCCCUCCCCCACUGGGCCCUAGCUGCUCCCACCACCCCCCUUGGACUUUGUGACUCUUCUCAGCAGGUUUGGGCAGAGCAGAGGGGCGCCCUGGGAGGAGAGCUCAACACCAGAAACAGCACCGAGUCUCCUGCAGAGAAAGGGAGAUUGGAAAGCACCCUGCUGGGGCCCCAGGAAUUGGACACAUGGCUGGUGGGGACAGUUCGGGCGCUGCAGGAGAGCAUGCGGGACGUGCAGGGGAGACUGCAGAGCCUGGAGAGCGUGCCUGUCCCCCGCAAGCAGAGAAUGGUGUGGCUCAUGGUGCAGGCAAGGAAGUCAGGGGGUCUGUAGUGCGUCCAGCCUGGAAGUGGGAGAGGCCCUCCUUUCCUGCUCUUAUCUCCCUCUGCCUGAAGAGUAACUGAGGACAGAUGGAAUUCCAACAGUUGGAGGGGCCAGAAUGUGUCUGCUCUUUGCAUUGGGGCUGGGGGGGGGGUGUCCCUAUUGCCCCUCAGUCAGGACUUCUGUUCCCAGAUUUAUUGUCUCGCCCUCCCCAAAUUCAGCCCUUGCAUCCCUCACCCCCUCCUCUCAAUUUCUAGAUCUGCUUGCCCCUUACACCUCUGCUUAUGCAAAAUAAAUAACAGCAGCCAUUUCUGGAACCCCAGCUGUGUGUCAAACACAUUACCUGCAUUAUCUCAUUUUAUCCUCAAAACAAACCAGUGAAAUAGGUUUUCUUUUCAUUUCCCUUUUACUGAUGAGGAAACUACAGCUCUGAGAUGUUGAGUAACUUACCUGAGGGUACACAGCCUGGAAGAACCUCACAGAGCUGCUGUGAGGAUUAGAUGAGAUAAUGCAUGUAGGUGCUUCCGCAGUGCCCGGGAAGGACUUCUCAAAUGGGGUUCAUUGUUAGUAUUAGUAUUAACAUUAAGUAAUGGAGCUGGGAGUGGCCCUAGGUCUGUCUCCCACCAAAGCUGGCAUCCACCGCUCACUAUGAGUGAGUCUGUUCUUGCGAAGCCUGGAGUGGUGCGGGCAGGGGACGGCUGAGUUCCUGGAUGCAGGGGAAUCACUCACGUGACCCUUCACCCCCUUGGCACAGUGGGUGUCAGCCAGGUUGGCAGGAAUUCCCUCAGAUCCACAGCAGCCAACCUUUCAACACUCACCCCCCAGGGUUUUAUUUAUUGUUUACCUUUUACUAAUUUUAUAUGCUGAAGAUUUUACAGGGUUUCCACCCUGAGAUACUUGGGUUUGCAUCUCUAAAAAAAAGGACAUUCUACUACCUAGCAAAAACAACAUUUUAUCACACACGGUAAUUCCUUCAUAUCAUCAAAUACACAAUCCAAAUUCAGAUCGCCUUUUCCAGCUUCCCUGUCUGUCCAGGCCAGGAGCCUCUGUUCUUAAGACUCUGUUAGUCUAGACUAGUCGCUCUUCCUUGCUACUGACUUGCGGAUGAGACUGGAUAGUGGUCCUGUAGAAUGUUCCACUCUUGUGGUCUGAUGACAGCCUCCUGGCUAGUUUACAUGACCAGAUUACAUCAGAGGUGAUGUUCUUUCUUUACAUCAAGGGACACAUAUUUGGAUGUCCUACCGUGAAUGAUUCUAGCGUGGACCACUAGCAGGGAUGAAGGGGUGACAGUCUGUUC